AUGGUGAAGGAGCUCAUCCAGCGGGUGUCGGAGCUGAUUCGCGCCGAGAAGUGCAUGGAGCGUGGGAUGUCUGCUGAGGCUGCCUUCGAUGCUGUUGCCCCACGGGAACUUACGCCAGUAGGUGCAGAAGACGAGGAGUAUCCCGGUGUGGACGUUUGGGCACAUGUGGGGGACCAGCUUGGCGAGAUGCUCAAGGGCUACGUGGCAGAUGCCAGCCUCGAUGAAGUGAAGGUUCGGGUUGGCAGAGCGCUUAUGGCCUCCUCCAUAUCGGGAUGUUUGGAAACUGCAGCGCCAUUCCUGAAGGCCGCUCCGAUGGCGGCUGAAGUCAAAGGGACCCAGGACACUGCGAUUGCCUUCAAACACCUUCCAUCGGUCGGAAGCAACCUUCUGCCACUGCCACUACCGCUGCGCAACUUGGAGGAGGAGGAGCGAGAAAAGCAAAAGGCAGAGGCGGCCGCGAGAAUCCAGCUUGCCUCCCAUGCGAUGCCUCCUAGUAUCGACACCCUUCGAUUCAAGGAGGUACCCGCAGACGCUCCCUGGGUCUUUGUUUUCGAUGUGUGCCUGCAGCGGCCCAUCGACCCGGCGCCCGACCCGCCGAAGCCGAAGCGGAAGAAGAGGAAACGGGCCCGGGAGCCAUCCCCAAAGGCUCCAAGCGAGCACGGCUCUUCAGACUCCGAAGUCGAGGGCCUUGAGUAUGUGAUUCAGCAGGCAGAGAAGGGUCGUUCAGCCAUCGUUUCACUUUGGAAGCAAGGCAAUAGUGGUACGAAGAAGAAGGCUGUUCCGCGCACUGUCCCUGAAAACAUAGGGCUGAAGGUCUUCGAGUUGAAUUUUCGAAACUGGCUGGCGAACAACGCCCUGGCAGAGUUUUUGGAUCGUGAUGCAAGUCGAGAUCCUCCAGCAUCUCAGGGCAAUCCGGCCUUUCCUUUCCUCUACUACAGGUAUAAGCCUUCUUGCUCACCGGAGAAUGCGCAGAUACAGCCGGGCGAGGGGUGGAAGCAGGCAUAUCAUGGAACCUGGUUUUAUGGACUGCGUAGCAUCUUGCACUAUGGUGUGUUGCUGGAGUCUUGGGACAAGGAGAAAGGUCACAAAUUUACGCGUCCGGGACUCUACUUGGCAUCAUGCCUGGCCCCGUCGAUCUGGUAUGCGAGACCACAUGACCUGUUCAAGGACGGGAUGUUCCAUCGGGUCAUCAUCGAAGUCCGCUACGAUGAGUCGAAAGUGCUAGCGAAGCUCGGGAAAGCUGGCAACACACUUGUUAUCAAGAGUGAUGAUGUUGCGAUCACUGGGGUGAUCAUCCAGCCCAACUCUCCGCCGUACGGCGGCGAAGAACGUUGUGAGGGUUGGGACGACUCGCUCCAGAUUCUGCCGCGACCCCGUGUCUGCGCUCGCCGUCCCCGCCAGCGUCGCGCCCGCAAGCAACUGUCUGAGGCCGAGCGGGAGGCACAAGAGAAAGCGGAGCAUGAGCAAGCCAAGCGUGACCGUGAGGCUCAGCGCAUCCGCAUGCAGCAAGAUCGCCAGGCUUGGCGCGAGCACAACGCUGAGUGGGAGCGCGAGGCUUGGCGGGAACGUGAUGAGCAGCGCGAGCACGCGAGGCUGCAGCAAGAGAGCGGUCGCGGCGCUUUGUCUUCUCGUGACUUUGCUCCUUUCAACGCCUUCGGACGCUCCCCUUCGCCUCGCCAGAGUCGCAGUCGGAGGAUGAGGUCAAGCCUCUCGGAGAGCCCAGCCAUCCAGCGCGGUCGGGCGCAGCGGGCCGAGGCCAAGGCCAAGGCCAAGGCCAAAGCCAAAGCCAAGGCUCCGGCGAAGGCUCUGCCGACAGAAGAGGAAAUGGAACAGCGCAAGGCGCUGCUGCGAACAGCGCUGGAGGGUGCACUGGAGGAUGGUACAUUGGAGCGCGUGCUGUCGGAGGCGACUUACGGCACCGACACAGAUCAAAUCUCUCAGGACAAGGAGGCUGCCUUUGAGAAUCUUCGUCAGAGGCUGGCGAACGACCUGAUGCUUGCAGCAGAAGAUGGACGACUUGAGCAGAUCCUCACUCGGCCAAAGGCCGACAAGACGGAGAUGAUUCGCAAGAAGAUGGCAGAAAGCAUGCUUGCUGCCGCUGAAGACGGCCGGCUUGAGAAUGCCCUUGCUGAGGAGCAGAGGAAGCAAGAUCUGGAGCGCGUGCGGAAGGCCACGGCCGCGAGCAUUCUUGCAGCUGCAGAAGACGGGCGAUUGGAGCGCACAUUAAGCAAUUCUGAGCAGAGGAAGCAAGAUCUGGAGCGCGUGCGGAAGGCCACGGCCGCGAGCAUUCUGGCAGCUGCAGAAGACGGGCGAUUGGAGCGCACAUUAAGCAAUUCUGAGCAGAGGAAGCAAGAUCUGGAGCGCGUGCGGAAGGCCACUGCCGAGAGCAUUCUCGCAGCCGCAGAGGACGGACGAUUGGAGCGUACGUUGAGUUCCGAGCAGAGAAAGCAAGACCUCGAGAGGGUGCGGAAGGGCACGGCCGAGAGCAUUCUGGCAGCCGCAGAGGAUGGGCGACUGGAGCGCACAUUGAGUGGCGAGCAGAAAAAGCAGGACCUGGAGCGGGUUCGGAAGGCAACGGCCGAGAGUAUCCUUGCAGCUGCAGAGGACGGGCGACUGGGAAAAGCGCUGACUGUAGAGAGAAAAAAGCAAGACAUCGAGGUGGUGCGGCAGAAGGCAGGAGUAACUUUGUUGGCUGCUGCCGAAAACGGAAGACUCGAAGUGGUGCUGGCCCAAAGGGGCGAGGAAGUGGAGCUAGGGCGAGUUCGCAAGAAGAUCGCUGAUGGCUUGCUCCUUGCAGCCGAUGACGGAACUCUUGAAGAAGCACUGGCCCGAACCAUGCAAAAGUCAAGCGACCAACAUAUGGAGGACAUCCGCAGCCGCAUGGCCACGAGCUUGCUGGAAGCGAUGGAGAAUGGCAGCUUGGAGCUUGCCUUCCAGGAGUCCGGACAAGUCGGCAAAGCACCUUUGCAGGACACUACAUCUACAGCCCUCACAGGCCUGCCUUCCGACAUGCAGCACACAGGCAUCGUGGCUUUGGCAAAUCAGACGGCCAAGAGUCACUUGGCCGGGGCACGGGAGGAAGUGCCUCAUGGUGCCGCUGCGGUUCAGCGGGCCUUGAUGCAGUACGAAAGAAGGAUAGGAACCCUCACAGCAGCCGUGCAGCAGGUCGUAGCACAGCGCGUGCUUCGGCAGUCUACCCAUUGA